AGAAUCAUCAACUUUCUCUCGAGAUUGCCUGAAGCAUUUCAGAGGCAAAACCAGCUUUCAUAUAGUACCUCCUGCCUGAUGGUAGUGGAUCAAAGAUAUUGCUGGACGAAUGGGAGGGCCGUGGAUGAUGCUAAGGGCCCUGGACUGUGGUGCCCCUGCUAUCACCACAAUGUCUCAUAGUGGAACUCUAGGUAGCGUUGGAAGCCAUUCUGCAUCUGGUCUUCGCAGUAACAGGAUUAUCAUAUAUGAGCAUGAAAACUUCCAAGGGCGUUGGGUGGACAUUAACGCAGAGUGCCGAAACAUCUGCGAACGAGGAUUUGAUAGAGUGGGAUCCAUUCGUGUUGAAUGCGGACCAUGGGUGGGUUACGAACAACAAAAUUUCUGUGGCGAGAUGUUCAUGUUGGAGAAAGGAGAAUAUCCUCGUUGGGACUCCUGGUCCAAUAGCUAUCACACUGACUGCAUGAUGUCUUUCAGACCAGUUAGAAUGGAUGGCCAGGAUCAUAAAAUUUGUCUCCAUGAAUGUGCCAACUUUGACGGAAGGAAAAUGGAGAUCUGUGAUGAGGAUAUUCCCAGUUUGUGGGCCUAUGGUUUCCAAGACAGAGUUGCCAGCAUUAAAGUCAUUGGUGGAACAUGGGUUGGCUAUGAGUAUCCGGGCUACAGGGGUUCCCAGUACGUGCUUGAAUGUGGAUCUUACAAGCACUGGAACGAAUGGGGUGCCAAACAGCCCUUGAUUCAGUCCAUGCGCCGUGUGAAGGAUCAGCAAUGGUACAAAAGGGGCUGCUUUGAGCUUGUUCAAUAAAAUGAAACAUGCUUCUCGACAGCCAUGGGAUUGAUUUUAUUGUUUUCAUAACAGAAGUUAAAAAUCAAUUUUGAGCAAAAAUUUAUCUAUCACAGGUACUGUUGUGGUUCAUCAUUUCCCAUUUUAAGUUGAUAAUUUUAAUA